GAUAACUUUGCAGGUGGAAGACCCACAUAUAUGUCCAUUCCAGUAUUCGCUGGUAGCUUAUGGCGGGAUGAAUCUGUCAAUGGAUCAAAACCCUUGGAGGGGGGAUAUUUUCCCAAAGUCGGUCUAUAAAUAGACAAUCCUGACAUGCUUCUCAUCCACAUCUUUCCUCCAUCACCCAAUUAUUCCCAAAUUACAGUUUGUCGAGGUGAAUGUUGUGUUUAACGAUGUUGCUGAGCUUCGUUCUGGAAAGGAAAAUCAGAGGAUAAUGGUGAAGGUCAUUCGCAAGUGGUACCAACAAAGUUUCUCCAAUGCCAAGUUGCCUCUUUCUCUUGAGCUGGUUCUGAUGGAUGUUAGGGGUAAACAAAUCCAUGCAACAAUCAAGAAGACUUUGAUGUACAAGUUUGAGAAGUCCUUGGUUGAGGGCGGUGAUGUGAACAACCAUGUUAUUAUAGUGAAGUUUGCAAAGGUGAAAACAUUUCAGGGGAAUAUUAGUUUGCAAAAUGGUUAUGGGGCUACUAAGAUUAUGUUUGACCCCGAUGUUCCAAUGGAAAAUGUGUUGAAGACAAGAAGAUUGGAGGUCUAAAAAACUGAUGAAGAUUGAGGGUCUAAAAAACUGAAGAAUAUUGAAGGUCUCUUCAAAGGUUCUUAGGAUCCCCUAUGAAUGAGAACAUUGACUUUUACAAAAAGGCAAAAGUAUGGAGCACUGAUUUUUAGUGAAUGCGGGAAUGCAAAAAGGCAAGGAGAGUGUUAUAAAGUGGACGACUGUGAUUGAAUCAGGGAGAAUAAUUUGCAUUUUUACCAAAAUGAUCAUAGUCAAAAUUUAAAUAUAGUGUAAUGAACUGUUGAAUCACUAGCCUACCCUCAA